GUUACUAUUAUCACUUAUAUACACUACUCAACACACAACAAUGACGCCUAUACAGUGGCUGGCAGUACCUACUGAAAUAAGAUUACCCAACUUAGUGAACUCCCCGGCUGAUAAUCUUGACUCAAAUACUAUAUAUUUGAAUGGCAAGAAAGUUAUUAUUAAGGAAGAAGAAUGUGAUGACUCUAUUUGUAGUGAGGAUGGUAACAGCUCCAGUAUGUAUAUCUAUCCUGUGGGAGCCGGUGUGUUGUCAUCUCAAGAAGGUGUUCAGAAUUUUGCAUUAGACUGUCCACCUGUCUCUCCUGAGAGGAAGUGUUCUGUCACUACACAGGCACCUCCAGAUGUAAUUAUUGUCAAAUCAAAACCAAAGAACCCUGAUUAUAAGGUAAGAAACAACAUACUGGCUACAAAACGAAGUAAGCCAGUGCAUUGCAAGAUAGUGAGAGCGAGACCUGGAAUGAGAGUGUAUAUUUCAAUGUCGUACCAAGGCCACAUCUAUGGAGAUAAACCCGUUACUAGAUGUAAGAAGCAUGAUGAGUGUUCCUGGUGCAAAGACCACGAGUAUAACCAGUGUUUCUGCGUCAUAAGCAAAUGUCAUAAAUUUGAAAUUGAUAAAAAAGGACAACCUGUUGCUGUAAUUACCGUUUCUCAGGACCAUUUGGACAAUGAAGGAAAUGUUGAAUUUUCCCUUGUCUUUUCAUGCUGGAAUUCAUGUGACACCCAUAGCAGAUUUGGGAAAGAGUUGAAUCUUAAAAUACUUAUACUUGAUAGUAAAAUAAUUAAGAUAGAGUACUCCAUUCAUUGCUGUCAAAACCUCCUGAGAGAUGCUUUUAAAGACAGGAAGAGAGAUCCACACACCACACCGGGUAUUAAACGUAAACAGGUGUCAAUACCAGAUAGCAACUGUGAGUGUUCCAAGGCAUCCUGUAGAACUGGAGUGGAGGAGAAUAAUAGAAUGGAGAAACCAAUGGAUUUAGUUGUUAUCUGAGGAUUUGAGGUGCAGAACCUACUUGCAGCAGUGGUCGAUGGCAUAAAUUCAACAUUGCAGGUGCCUUACUUCAUGUCAAGGGUGCAUGAGAUAAUGUGCCAAAAUCAACACUAAAUAUAAGCUAGAGAAAAUUAUGGCCUAGUGGUGAAUAAUUUCACAGGAUUUCUCUCAGUUGAGAGUAAAGUUGAGGGAAUUGUUCACUGCUUCAGGGCUUUGAAGACAUGCAGGCAGAAGAACUAUUAAAAAAUGAUGAGGAAGAAAGAAGUUCAGAGGAUAUGUUGGCAAAACUGAAUUUCCAAAUAAAAGGGACAUGGAAAUCCAAAGAAUAUGAGGAAGAGCCUGCAGAGAAACAUUAAUAUUUCAUCAGUUAUGUAAGCAGUUUCAUGUUGCUGCUAAACCUGCAGACUUUGUCAAUGAAGAAAAUCCAGACACAUCUAGAAGUGCUGCUCUGAAACGAAUACUGGACCAAGCAAUGAUGUCCUACCAUCAGCUGUAUAAAGUACUGCUGGGUAAUACACAGCAGAUACACUUAACAGAAUACUUCAGAGCGCCCAUAAGUAACAGCUGUGUGUCGACCUCAGGCUACAAACCCCAGCCAAACACUUUAGUCCAUGAACCCCAGCCCUCUGCUUCAUCCAUCCUAUCCACUUCAUCUGAGGCCCAGUAGAGCCACAUCAUGCCUCUCCAUUCAUGUCAAACCACUUAAGCAACAACCAGAAUUUAAGUUUGUGGUAGCUUAAACCAUCUUGUAUUUUACAUAAUAACAUGCUUUAUUGUGCCCAUAACAUAACAUCUUAACUUUUAAAAUCAUUGUACAAUACUUAGUUUAUUAUUUUUAGUGAACUGUAUUUACUAGAAAAGUUGUUUGGCUUUUUUUGAGGGGUGGCAAUGUAACCUAUUUUUUUGCACAUAAGUUUUCACUCCAUCUAUUGCAUUUUCACAUUUAACUCCAUUUUUCUGGAAUAUAUAUAUCUGUAUCCAGUUGUCUACUGUACUUUACAAUACUACCAGUCAUACGUCUGGAGGUAUACUUUUUCAAAACAGUACACUGCAUAUACAUGUAGUGCAGUAUUUAACUUAGUACAGUUAAAUUACUUGUUUCCAGUUUUGUUAAAGUGUUUCACCAAUUAGAUUACAAUAAUGGACAAAGUGAAGAGUGUCUGACUGUGGAAAUGACGAUUUCACUCCUGCUGCUCACGUAAAUUAAUUUUGAACAUACCUUGCUGUGCUACAAUGACUCAUAAACCAAAGAGAUGUAAUGGCAGUGGGCUACACCUACCAGCUACCUACACUGGGGCCCAGAGCCAUAUUAUUACCACUGACAUACCUUGUUCACUGAAUUUAAUUGUUUCUAACGACUACCUUUACAUGCCAUCAUAAACGAAGGGAAAAGUAAUGAAUAAUUCAUGGUGAGAAUUGUAAACAAAAGCAGAGUGUUAAGUGGAGUGACCAGGCCAAACACAGAUUCGUACACGUUUUCUCUGAUGCUGGACCAGAGAAAACAUAGUUUUUCCUCUUCCCGGCUAUGACACCUCCAUAGCAUAUAAACAUAGCUUGUUUAUAUGCUAUGUAAAGCGUUUCUCAUAUACCUAAUUUUGAAGAAAAUAUGGAUUAAUGAAAAUGUUUAUAUUAAUGUAAAAUAAGCCAUUUAAUAUGCCCAAGAGUGAUUAUUAUUACGAACUAUUAGUAUUACAUAAUGUUUUCCCUCCGCCCAGCUACCACACCUCCAUAGCAUAUAAACAUAGCAUAUUUAUAUGCUAUUGUUAUGACUUAAACAUCAACUUAAAUAAAAGGUCCUGGCUCCUAAAUGGCUGCUCAAACUGCUGUCUAGGGGCAUUUAAAUUACACUUGAAAAACAAAAAAACUCUCAGGGCAGCAUGUACUCAUACAAAUUAUGAAGCAUGAGUGCAAAUAAUUAAUAUAGAGUUAGGAAGGAUACAAAAACUCACCUGGCUGGAGUAUACCUGGAGAGAGUUCUGGGGCUCAACGCCCCUGCGCCCCACUCUGUGACCAUGCCUCAUGGUGGAUCAGGGCCUGAUCAACCAGGCCGUUACUGCUGGCCGCACGUAAUCCAGCAUACGAACCACAACUCGGCUGGACAGGUACUGACUUUAGGUGCCUGUCCAGUGCCUGCUUGAAGACAGCCAAGGGUCUAUUGGUAAUUCCCCUGAUGUAUGCUGGGAGGCAGUUGAACAGUCUUGGACCCCUGACAUUUAUUAUGUUGUCUCUUAUUGUGCUAGUGGCACCCCUGCUUUUCUUUGGGGGGAUGUUGCACAGUCUGCCAAGUCUUUUGCUUUCAUAGGGAGUGAUUUUUGUGUGCAAGUUUGGUACCAGUCCCUCUAGGAUUUUCCAGGUGUAUAUAAUCAUGUAUCUCUCCCUCCUGUAUUCUAGGGAGUACAGGUUUAGGAACUUCAAGCGCUCCCAGUAAUUGAGGUGUUUUAUCUCCGUUAUGCGCGCUGUGAAGGUUCUCUGUACAUUUUCUAGGUCAGCAAUUUCACCAGCCUUGAAAGUUGCUGUUAGUGUGCAGCAAUAUUCUAGCCUAGAUAGAACAAGUGACCUGAAGAAUGUCAUCAUGGGCUUGGCAUCCCUGGUUUUGAAGGUUCUCGUUAUCCAUCCUGUCAUUUUUUUAAUGAGUAAUUUUUAUACAACUUACAAUCUAAACCAAAAAACCACCACGCUCCAGUUCACAUUAGCUCACUAGUACACCGCUACUAGUGGCAAAAUUUUAAGUACAUUUAUAAACAGGGAGGAUCCAUGACAACCCCCUCCCCUUCACUUCUGCCUGGUAGACUAGUUACCAGCAGGCAAAAACACCAAUGGUAUACACUAAGAAAACCUACCCACCACCACAUACUCACACUGCUUCAUCUUGCUUCCUCUGCUGUGAGUAACCUACUGCACUAAACAACUCAUCUGCUCCUGUUCACUCUGCCUGACUGACAGGAAUAAAACGUGUCCGGAUUCAGUACAAUCCCGGAACUAUGGAGCAUUAUUUUUUUAUAUUCACUUUUACGGCAGCACACUGCGUAAUAGCUAUGUAACGUGUUUCUUAUAUAAUUUUGAAGAAAAUAUCAUAGAUGGAUUAUUGAUUAUUAUUAUUAUCAUA